AUGACUGUCGGCCAGGCGCCACGGCUUACGGUCACACCUCCAGACCGUGGGUCUUUCCCUUUGGAUCACGAGGGUGCAUGUAGGACUGUCAGCGACCGUUACGUGAAGUGCGUUCGUGCGCUAAAGGGGAAUGCAUUUGAAUGCCGUUCGUUGGCAGCGGAGUAUAUGAAAUGCCGAAUUGAAAACAAGCUGCUUGUGGAAGAACCGCUAAGCAACUUUGGCUUCCGCGAUUCCGACAUAAACCCUGAUGUAUCAACGGCCAAAUCACCGGAGAAUAUUGUGACUGGAGAGUCACUUGUGCGCCCACGCGAAGCCAGGAAGGAAUCUCGAGGAUUUGUUGCCGGGAGCAGCGUGGUGGAGAACUACGCCAAAGAGCAGUCCUUCCUCUCACGGAUAAUGUCUAAGUUCCUAAACUAA